GCGAGCGUGACCCAUCUGUCCCCCCCGCCCCAGUCCCCGCCGACUUCGGAACGGGAUUGCUGCCGCUCGUUCCCGAUACCGCUCCCCUGCAAUCCCGUUCGUUCCCGAUACCGCUCCCCUGCCGCUUCUACUUGAGUCGCCCGCUGGCCCUCUACGCUGGCCCUCUGCGUUGGGAUCGGUUGCUCAGAAAAAGGCGCCACAGGAAGGCGGAGGGAGGGAGCUUGCGAAGUGUGAAGAACGAAGUAGGAGGAAGGUGCACACAUACACACAGAGAAGUCCCUCCGAUCCUCGACGCCAUUCCCCAGAGUGAUCAACGUUGCCCUCCUCCCGCAUUUCGAGGGUCAUAUUUCAGCGGUUAAUCACACACACCUUCGAGAUCUCCUUGCAGAUGAGGGUCGCUCCGCCUCCUUGAUCAAGGACUUCAAUGGAACUGUUGUUGAUCUUUCACGCCAAAGAGUUGUAAAGGAGACCAUGGACCUGCUCUUGAAUUUGGCGACGGAGGCAAAGGUGAACGAGAAGAUUGGAAAAAUGUUCGCAGGAGAGCGGAUCAACGAGACAGAGAAUCGGGCAGUAUUGCAUGUGGCACUACGCGCUCCCAAAGAUGAGGUCAUAACGUGUGAUGGUCAGAAUGUUGUUCCGGCUGUGCACGAGGUGUUGGACAAGAUCAAGGCUUUCUCGGAAAAAGUCCGAAGUGGCAAAUGGGUCGGAGCAACGGGCAAGCCGCUUACGGAUGUUGUCUGCAUUGGAAUCGGAGGAAGCUUCCUUGGCCCGCUGUUUGUCCACACUGCUUUGCAGACAGAGCCGAAGUGUGCAGAAGCUGCUGGGAAGCGACAACUCAGAUUCCUGUCAAAUGUUGAUCCCAUCGACGUCGCCUUGGCACUUGAUGGGCUUGAGCCGGAGACCACGUUGGUGGUUAUUGUCUCAAAGACUUUCACAACUGCAGAGACUAUGCUGAACGCUAGAACUGUGAGGAGCUGGAUCAUUGCUGCACUUGGGAAGGAUGCAGUUGCGAAGCAUAUGGUUGCCGUGAGUACCAACUUGAAGUUGGUUAGCGAGUUUGGAAUUGACACGGCCAAUGUUUUCGCUUUCUGGGACUGGGUGGGAGGGAGAUUUAGCGUUUGUAGUGCUGUUGGCGUGGUGCCUCUUGCGCUGCAGUAUGGAUUUGAAAACGUUGAGGAAUUCUUGCAGGGAGCUUGGGAUGUGGACAAGCACUUCCGUGAUGCUUCAUUGGAAAGCAAUAUUCCAGUUCUUCUUGGCCUCAUUGGAGUGUGGAAUGCAACCUUCCUUGGCUACCCAUCAAGGGCAAUUCUCCCGUACUGCCAAUCCCUUUCGAAGCUUGCUCCCCAUAUCCAGCAGGUGAGCAUGGAGAGCAACGGCAAGGGUGUUACAAUUGAGGGCCUCCCAACGCCCUACCCGACUGGCCAGAUCGACUUUGGUGAGCCAGGAACGAAUGGUCAGCACAGCUUUUACCAGCUCAUCCACCAGGGCCGUGUCAUUCCCUGCGACUUCAUUGGUAUUAUCAAGAGUCAGCACUCUGUGUACCUGAAAGGGGAGAUGGUUAGCAACCAUGAUGAAUUGAUGUGCAAUUUCUUUGCUCAGGCAGAUGCUCUUGCGUAUGGCAAGACGAAGGAACAACUUUUGUCCGAGGGUGUACCAGAGGCGCUGGUUUCACACAAGACUUUUACUGGCAAUCGCCCGUCGCUGAGCAUUUUGCUUCCUACACUGACUCCGUACACUGUUGGCCAGCUGUUGGCCAUGUAUGAGCACCAAGUUGCGGUGCAGGGUUUCGUGUGGGGAAUCAACAGUUUUGACCAGUGGGGCGUCGAGCUUGGAAAGGUUCUGGCUCUCAAAGUGCGGAAGGAAGUCAGCUUGUCUCGGAACAAGGGGACGAAGGUUACGGCAUUCAAUUAUUCGACAAACUUUCUGCUGAACCAAUAUUUGAAGGAGAAGGAAGAAGUGAUGAAGACGUUCGACUGAAAGCAGUGAGUGCUUUGUGAACACCGAGGCAAUGAACAGGUGGGGUUCUGCACUGUCGGCGAGUGGAUUGCGGUGUGGAUUCUGUUGGGGGAAAUUGUGGGUGGAGCUUUCUUUCUCUCGUGCAGUUGGUUGCCUGCAGGUUGAAGGUGGUUAAGCUCAGGUGAAGUGUGUGCAAAAGCCAAUGUGGUGUUGGUAGAGUACUAGGGUGCGCGAGAUAGCAAGUUGAGAACACUUUAUGCGGAGUAUAGAUAGUACCACCCAUGUGCGGCAUCUAGAUUUGCUCUUUUUUUUUGUGUGUGUGUGUGUUUUGAAACGUUGAGCAUCAAAUGUAUUGUUAGGUACUCAGUGGCUCAUGUUGAGCAUGGGGAUUUUGUACGUUGGCUUGGAUGACCAUAGAGGCCUGCAGGUUUUGUUGUCCCAUUGGUCCUGUGUUUGCGGCCUGUUUGUUCUCUAAGCUUUAUUCUUUGAAGA